AGUAUAGUUUGACCGGUCAAGUAAUUUACACCAUCAUUUUGGCGCCAUCCGUGGGACCGUUAAGGUUUCUUCUCUUCUAAAUACAAACCUACCCACAAAAACACCACUCAAAAUGUCUUCAAGCCAACAAACCAACGCCACCCCUGCUCAGGUGCAAGCCACCGCUGAAGGUACCAGCAUUCCCAUGGUAGCUACCUUGCCAGCCGUUUCUACUCUGGUUUUGCCGUUGGGACUAAGCUCGGUCCCAACACCCAGCAUGGUCAGCCCUUUCACGGCCCCCGUCCCUUCCGCUGGGCCAAGGGUCACCUUUCCGCCAAGCAUGACGCAGUUCAUGAAUGACCCGGCGAACCUGCAAGCCAUCCAAGGCUUUGGCCAGGUCAUGGCCGUGUGCCAACAGAAUGGGGGGAUGCCUUUUCUCCCUGGUAUGUUCCCGUUCGCCCUUCCAGGAGCGGGGACAAUGCCCCUACAAACUCCGAUGGCGGUGACGCCGUUUCAGACGCCGAUUCCGCAGCCAUCACCAUUCCAGCCCGCGCUGGUCAGCGCCAUGGCACCCAUCAACUUGACUGGUGCGCUCAACGCCGCAGGACCGUCGCGUCCCCCGCAAGGUACUAAUCCACAAAUCACUCCUGAUGGUCACUGUGUCUCGGUUGAGAGCGGAGAUGACGAGUGGGAUGUUCCGAGGGCCCACAAGAAGAAGAAAGGAAAGGCUAUGCGCCCCGCCACUUCCCGAAACUCCGCCUUCGAAAGGCUGGGGGAUAGGGAAGAGGGCCAGAGAAAGUCAGCCAAGCAGAGGCUGGGGCAGAGCAUUGCUCAUGUCAGCGCUUUUGCCCGGUUGGGUGAGAUGCGGGAGGCCGAGCCUGCCCGUACCCAACGCUCCCGGUCAAACCGACAGGAGCCAGCCAGGACGAGGGUCUCUCGUCAGGAGGAGGAAGCGGAAAGCCAGCCCAGGGUACCGGUAGUUACUUAUUCCUAAUUUUUAAUAUAGUUUAAAAUAUUGAUGUUUUCCUAUUUUAUCUUGUAGAUUAAUAUACAAAAAAAUUGUCUUAUUUAUAUUAAGAAGUUGAAGAAAAUAAUAAUGAGUAUGAAUCGUAAAAAUAGCGAGAUGAAAACAAAUAAUUUAUAAACUAUAGU